AUCCAAAAACGUUUAGAGAAAGAAAAACAGGGUAGUUUUGCGUGUUUAGUUUAUAUUUGGUAUACAAUUUAGGAACACUGGGUGACAUAAAAUAUUGUAUAAAAACGCUAUAAAAGAUAUUGUAAAAUAUUUCAUAAGUUAAAACUGUAUUAUAUGAAAUAUUUGAGUUUAUUUAUAUAUAUUUUAUAUGACAUUGAAUAACAUGACAAAAAAUUAUAAAUCAGCUGAUAGAUAUUCAACAACUCUGACCAACACUAUUUUAAUGUUAUUGGUUAUAUUAAGUUCGGCAAAUGUGUAUUGAAUGUCUGUUUAUCUGUAAAUUAUAUUUAGUUCAUAUGUAUCGAGUUAAAAUGCUGUAAGUUAAUAAAAACCAUAAUACAACUUCAAUCAUGUAUUUUAAUUAUACUUUUACAAAAAUAGUUACGAUUACCACUCUGUCGCAAAAAUGUUAACGAGUUUCGAGCGAUAACUUUUGCCAGUUUGACGUUUGUAGGAAUUGAAAAAUAUCGAGUUGUAUUUAUUUAUGUUGUAAUCACUAUAAGUGAAAUUACAUUUAUUAGACGUUUAAGAAAAUUUAUAAAAAAUAUAACAUGGAAUUGCAGCAAUCACCUGAAGUCGAUGAAUUACAAGAAAGGGUCAAACUUAGGCGAGAGGCAAGAAGGAAAAAGAUUCUUGAGAAUGCCAAAAGUCGGUUAGAAAAAUUAAGCUUGAGGCAAGGUGGAGAUGGUGACAAUGAUUUGGUGCAUCAACGUUCUGGUCAUCAGAUACAAGAAACUUGUGAAUAUUCGGAUCCAGAAGUUGAACCCGAUAUUCCAGAAAGUUUGCAAAUGCCGUUUCAACAAUUUCAACAAUUUGAAGACACAUUCAAAGGGUUUGAAAGCAGUUUAAAUCAAGAAGAUAUGCAAGAAAGAGAAAAACCGUUCUUAAAAUAUAAAUUGCAUGUGGUGUUAGCUGUGACAGUUGCAUAUAUUACAUCCAUAAUACUAAAUGAAAGUGAAGGGAAAACGUUCUUUGUGAUAAUACCAGUUGCCUUGGUUAUUUUAUCUGAUCUUACAAUAUUUCGGCAACAAAAACAGCGUAAUCCAAUGAUCAAUAUGUUAGUGAUCUUUGGGUUACGAUCCAAAGAAAUCGUGCAUGCAUUAGAUAUUGUCACAAAACUACAAAACAUUAUGGCAGAUUUGUCAAUUUUCAUUUUUUACUUUUGCUUAGCUACAUGUUUUGGUAAUCAAUUUGUCCACCUAGCUGAUAUUAAAUAAAUUUCAAAAUAAGUAUCAACAUUUUAUUGUGUGAAACUCAGUGUAUAUGUAUAGAUUAUAUGAGUUGUAACACGGAAAAUUAAUGUAAAUGAUGAAAAUAAAUAUAAAUUGAUCUUAAUAAGGUUUUAAAUGUCGCAAUAUAUCUAUAUACUUGUAUAAUUACGCUAACGAAAAA